AUGUUGAUUGGUAGACAACACCAAGUAAUAUUCUUUUCCCUGGCCAGCAUGUCACCGUUCCCAGUGAAGGGAGCUUUUUGUUUGCUAUUGAUUUCCUGCUUGUUCGUUUCUUCAAGGAGUCAGCAGACAGCAGAAGGCUUUGAGUGCAGCAGCGGGGUCUUCUUGCCUGCUGACCACGUGUGUGACUUCACAGACCAGUGUGGGGAUAACGGCGAUGAACUGCAGUGUUCGAAUUACGAAAGGUGUGAUUUUGAGGACACUGUCUGUAUUAUGGCACAAGAUCAGGAUCUGCACCUUGGUUGGAUGAAGAGAAAUGGGAAGAUGGGUCUGUUCCCUCCAUUUUAUGAUCACAAUGGUGAUGAGUCUGCCCACUUCCUUUCCUUGGUCUCCCAACUGAAUUCUACUUCCUCACAUUUAAGAAGCAGAGUUUUCCUCUCAACCCAUAACCAACAUGCUUGUCAGGUUACAUUUUAUUACUUCCUCAGCCAUGAGAGCUGUAAAUUAACGGUGGGACUUCAAAAUGCAUGCAGUGGUCGUGUUCAGCAUUUAUGGCACAAUGAAGCUGGGCUCCAAAAUCAAUGGGAGAGAAAGGUCAUCAAAAUCCAGAGCUCACAGAAAUUUCAGGUUGUUUUUCAAGGUCAAAUGAUUUCAACUCAUGGACAAAAUGAAGUCAUAGCUAUCGAUGAUAUAUCUUUCAGUCCUGAUUGCUUCCCUGCUUAUGAUGAAAUUUUACCAUGUCAAGAAGUGUCUGAGGCCAAUCAGGAACUGUGCCACCCAGAUACAGACCUCUGUAGAUUUGAUUCUACAGAAGGAUCGAGAGAGUGUCAUGCCUGUGGAUUUGAGUCUGAUAUGUGUGACUGGACAUCAGAAGCAUCUACUGAUCAUGCGUCCUGGAUGCGGACAAGAGCAAGUGACAUUCCCACAUUAGAAUCCGCACCUCAGCAGGAUCACAGUGGCCAUGAUGAAGGUUACUAUGUAUAUGUUGCGGCUAAGCAUGGUUUUAUUCUUAGCGAAUUAGACAGCAGGGCUUAUCUAAAGAGCACUGUGUACCACUGCUUGGGCAACAGCUGCCACUUUCAAUUCCAUUACUAUAUGGAAAACAGUAUUUUGAGAGUAAGGUUGUAUAAUAAUAAGGAAGAAGAAAUACUUUGGACAUACAACACAUCAACUCACAGCAAAUGGGUGAAAACAGAUGUGUUAAUACCAGAUUAUCUGAAGAUAUUUCAGAUUACUUUUGAAGGGAUAAUUCUGAGCCAGAGAAGUUUUAUUGGGCUGGAUCAGCUCUGGGUCUACGGCUGUGAAGAGGCCUCCUCCCAGAAUCUUUGCUCAUCUGAUGAAUUCACUUGUGCAAGUGGCCAAUGCACUGCCCAGGAUUUAAUGUGCAACUCUCAACAGAACUACUCUGACACAACUGAAGAUCCAGCAACUCUGUUUCCUAUAACUGAAAGGACUUUAUUCUCUUCAGUUUCUGGAUGUGAUUUUGAAGCAAACAGCUGUGGCUGGUUUGAAGUAGUUGGUGGUGACCAGUUUGACUGGAUCUGGGGCUCCCAAAGUGAACUUUCUGCUGAUUUUAAGCAUCAGGCCCCACCUCAGGAUCAUACCCACAACACAGCUGAAGGGCAUUUUAUGUUUAUUUUGAAGAAAAAUAGCAGUUUGUCACAAAUUGCUAAACUCCAGAGCCCAACUUUCAGCCAGACUGGACCUGGAUGCACACUCUCCUUCUGGUUUUAUAACUAUGGGCUAUCAGUGGGAGCAGCUGAGAUGCAACUACACAUGGAAAAAGCCAAUGACUCGACACCUGUCUGGAGAGUACUAUACAACCAGGGUAACCAGUGGUCAGAGGCAACCAUUCAGUUAGGGCGCCUCACUCAGUCCUUCUAUCUGUCACUGCAAAAAGUCAGUCUUGGGAUUUAUGAAGGGAUCUCAGCUAUUGAUGACAUCAGAUUUGAAAACUGUACACUUCCCCUUCCGGCUGCGAGCUGCGAUGAGUCGGAUCAUUUCUGGUGUCAGCACACCAAGGCUUGCAUAGAAAAGCUUCAUGUGUGUGAUCUGGUGGAUGACUGUGGUGAUCGCACUGAUGAGGCCGACUGUGCACCUGAACUACAGUGUAACUUUGAAGAAGGACUUUGUAACUGGGAACAAGGUACAGAAGAUGACUUUGAUUGGACCAGGAACCAGGGUUCAACUCCAACACUUAAUACAGGGCCAAUGAAGGAUAAUACUCUGGGCACAGCCAAAGGUUACUACCUAUACAUAGAAUCUUCAGAGCCACAGAUGUUUGAAAACAAAGCGGUUUUACUCAGCCCUGUCUUGAAUGUGACUGGUAAAGAGGGAUGCACCUUCCGCUUUCACUACCACAUGUUUGGAAAGCACGUAUAUAGACUGGCCAUUUACCAGAGGAUCUGGAGUAACACAAAGGGAGACCUACUGUGGCAGAUAUUUGGAAAUCAAGGCAACAAUUGGAUCAGGAAAAACCUCUCCAUUUCCAGCAAGCAGCCUUUUCAGAUUUUGGUGGAGGCCUCAGUGGGAGAUGGCUUUACUGGAGAUAUUGCAAUUGAUGAUUUGUCUUUCAUGGACUGUACUCUCUAUCCUGGGACUUUGCCAGCGGACCUUCCAUCUCCACCAGAAACUUCAAUUCCAGUAACUUUACCUCCACACAACUGCACAGACAAUGAAUUUGUCUGCAUGUCUGAUGGCCACUGUGUUAAAAACAUUCAGAGAUGUGAUUUUAGAAAUGACUGCCCUGACGAAUCUGAUGAAUCAUCCUGUGUUACAGAAGUUUGCAACUUUGAAAAUGGAAGCCUGUGUAAUUGGUAUCAGCCAAUUCCAGCGGAUUUACUUCAGGAUUCAAAUACAUUCAGAUGGGGGCCUGGUAACGGAAACAGCAUUCACCAAGGGGAAGAAAACCACAGGCCACUAGUUGAUCAUACAAAGAAUAGUACCGAUGGCUGGUACCUGUUUGCUGACAGCUCAAAUGGGAAGUUUGGUGCCUUGGCUGACAUCCUAACUCCUGUCAUUUCACUCACCGGACCAAAAUGUACCUUGGUGUUCUGGACUCACAUGAAUGGCGCCACAGUUGGUUCUCUGCAGGUUCUCAUUAAGACAGACAGUGCUACUUCUAAAUUAUGGGCUCAGACUGGACAGCAAGGUGCACAGUGGAAGAAAGUGGAAGUGUUUUUAGGUAUCCAUUCACACACACAGAUUGUCUUCAGGGCAAAACGUGGUGUCAGCUAUAUAGGUGAUGUAGCAGUGGAUGAUAUUGCCUUUCAAAACUGUUCCCCCUUACCUAACCCAGACAGAAAGUGCACUGCUCAAGAAUUCACAUGUGCUAAUAAGCACUGCAUUGCGAAGGACAAGCUAUGUGAUUUUGUGAAUGACUGUGCUGAUAAUUCAGAUGAGACAUCUUUUAUUUGUGGAACCUCCAGGGGACGCUGUGAUUUUGAGUUUGACCUGUGCGCCUGGGAACAGGAGCAGGAUGAUGAUUUUGACUGGAACCUGAAAGCUAGUGGUAUCCCUGCCACAGGCACAGAGCCAGCAGCAGACCACACCCUGGGAAAUUCAUCUGGGCAUUACAUCUUCAUAAAGAGUUUGUUCCCACAGCAGCCCAUGAGAGCAGCCAGAAUUUCCAGCCCAGUAAUAAGCAAGAGGAGCAAAAAUUGCAAGAUCAUUUUUCAUUAUCACAUGUAUGGAAAUGGUAUUGGGGCUCUCAGCCUGAUCCAGGUGUCAGUCUCAAACCAAACAAAGGUCCUACUUAAUCUCACUACAGAACAAGGCAAUUUCUGGAAGAGAGAAGAACUAGCGUUGUUUGGUGAGGAGGACUUCCAACUCAGAUUUGAAGGCAUCGUUGGGAAAGGCUACCGCGGUGAUAUUGCUCUUGAUGACAUUGUGCUUACUGAGAAUUGUCUGUUACCCGAUCAUUCUGUGAAAGAAGAACGAACAGUGCCUCUCCCAAAAGGUUACUGUCCAUAUGGGUACCAGGAGUGUCAAAAUGGCAAAUGUUAUAAACAGAAACAAAGUUGUAAUUUUGUAGAUGAUUGUGGAGACAACACAGAUGAAAAUGAAUGUGGUGGUUCCUGUACUUUUGAAGACGGCUGGUGUGGCUGGCAGAACUCCCUGGCUGAAAACUUUGAUUGGGUAUUAGGGGUUGGUUCUCAUCAAAGCCUGAGGCCUCCCGAAGACCACACACUUGGAAAUGAAAAUGGACACUUCAUUUAUCUGGAAGCUACCCCAAUGGGUCUGCGUGGGGAGAAAGCACACCUCAGAAGUCCAGUGUGGCAAGAGUCCAGCGCAGCCUGCACCCUGAAUUUUUGGUAUUUCAUAUCCACCAAAGCCACAGGAUCCAUUCAUGUGCUCAUUAAGACAGAAAAAGAUCUCUGGGAAGUAUGGCAAGAAAGCAAGAACUCUGGUAAUCAUUGGCAGAAGGCUGUCAUCAAGCUAGGAAAGUUAAGGAAUUUUGAAGUCAUAUUUCAAGGCAUCAGAACAAGGGACCUGGGAGGAGGAGCAGCAGUUGACGAUAUCGAAUUUGAAAAUUGCACGACGGUGGGUGAAACUUCUGAGAAUUGCUCAGAAACCACAGAUUUUUUGUGCCAGAACAAGAAGUGUAUUGCAUCUCACCUUGUCUGUGACUACAAGCCUGACUGCUCGGAUAGGUCUGAUGAGGCUUACUGUGGACAGUAUACAAGUGUAACCGGAAGCUGCAAUUUUGAAACAACUUCAGGAAAUUGGACUACAACUUGCAGUCUUACUCAGGACUCUGAGGAUGAUCUAGACUGGGCCAUUGGCAACAGAAUCCACACCGAAGGCCUGAGCCUAGACUCUGACCACACACCAGGUAGUGGUCAGUACUUCCUGUAUGUCAACUCUUCUAGCCCCAAGGAAGGAUCUACUGCAAGAAUCACUACCUCCAGAUUCUUCCCAGCAAGUCAUGGAAUGUGUACAGUUCGCUUCUGGUUCUACACGAUCGAUCCUGGGAGUAUGGGAGUAUUAAAGGUAUAUACAAUCGAGGAGUCAGGACUAAGUAUCCUAGUAUGGUCAAUGAUUGGAAAUGAAAGAACUGGAUGGAUGUAUGAACAUGUAUCUCUCUCCAGUAACAGUCCAUUUAAAGUGACAUUUGAAGCUGAUACAGGUGGGAGUGAGGGCAUCUUAAUUGCCCUGGAUGACAUCUCUUUCACUCCAGAAUGUGCUUCUGGAGGUCCCGUCACGCUACAGCCAUCAUCCUGUGAUGUGGAGCAGUUUUCUUGCAUUUACACGCCUCAGUGUGUCCCUCUCUCAAGGAAGUGUAAUGGCCACGACGAUUGCACAGAUGGAUCUGAUGAAAUAGGUUGUUCUCCUGGCCCCCCUCCUCAGCAAUGUGGGGAAAUGGAGUUCCCUUGCUCUGGGGGCCAGUGCAUCCCAUCCCUCCUGCUGUGUGAUGGAGUGCCCGACUGUCACUUUAAUGAAGAUGAAUCCAGCUGCCCCAAUAAGAGCUGUUCCGAGGGAGCUCUGGUGUGUGUCUCCUCCAACAGCUGCAUCUCAGCUCACCAGCGCUGUGAUGGCUUUGCUGACUGCAUGACUUUCCAGCUUGAUGAGUCCAGCUGCUCAGACUGUCCAGUAAAUUACUGCAGAAAUGGUGGAACUUGUGUAGUAGAGAAAAAUGGUCCUACAUGCCGAUGUGGAAAAGGAUGGAAAGGAAAUCGGUGCCACAUCAAGUUCAUCCCUCCUGCUGUAGACCUCAUGUAUACGGAGCAAAAUACAUGGACUCUUCUGGGUAUUGGAUUAGCUUUCCUGAUGACCCAUAUUAUGGUCACCAUCUUCUGUUUUCUUGCAAAAAGAAAAGCGCCAGUAAGGAAAACUGAGAAAACUGGUAAUUGUGCAUUUGUCAACCCAGUCUAUGGGAAUUGGAGCAACCCAGAAAAAACAGAGAGUUCUGUAUAUUCCUUCUCAAAUCCAUUAUAUGGCACAUCACCAAGAAGUCUGGAAGUCACGGCUCAUCACCUCAAAUAGCAGCAUCAAGACCAACUAUAAUCCUCCGUGUGUAGUUUAUACAAAAUUCCUUCUGUAAUAUCCAUCAGAGUUAUCUUCCACAAUAGAUAUUUAAAAAGGGAGAAUUAAAAUGUUAGUAUAAUUACAGCCCUUGCAAACAUUCCCUAAUGGAUUGACUGUCUUCAUGGAAUCAGAAUCAUUGUGUAUUUGCAUAUUUUAAUACUAUGCUCUAUUAAUCAAUUUGUUUCCUUUG